CACUGAAACCAGAACUUCCAUGUUUCGUUUCCGUCACUCUUCCAUCCUUUUAGUCUUUCUUUUGCUAGAUUUCCCUUAUUCAGAGACACUAUGAGGAAGUACCUACUGCCUUCGGCUGUGUUUUUCGUUGCUGUGCUUGUGUAUGCUGAACAAAAACAAGGCACAAACGUCGCUGGGUCAAAAGUUAAAGAUGACCACUUCGAUUUUAUGGUGUUCACCCAACAGUGGCCGGAGACUUUCCGACUGCAGACUGGACCAGAGGUUCAGAUCCCCGAGAAUGUCACAGGAUGGACAAUCCACGGUAUCUGGCCUCAACAGAAAUCUACGUUGUCUGGUUUACAGAUGAAAAAAGACGCACCCAACUUCUGUAACAGCUCGUGGCACUUCAACCAAAGCCUGAUCGAAGACCUGAGGCCACAGAUGAGCCUCUACUGGCCCAACUUGAUAAAGACUAACAACCUGUGGGACCACGAGUGGACCAAACACGGCACAUGUGGAGCCUCGCUGCCUGCAAUACACGGGGAACACAACUACUUUGCUGAGGGACUCAGGCUCAAUGCAAAGUACAACAUCACAGAGAUGCUAGCCAGCAAUCACAUUGUGCCAGAUGCCGAAAAGGCGUAUUCCUACAACGAUGUCGAGGGAGCCAUCAGGAAGAAUGUGAACAACAUGUCGUUCGUUAUGCAGUGUUACUGGGACAAAGAGGCACACAAACAAUACAUCUUUCAGGUGAUGCUGUGCUUGGAUAAACAGUUUGGCCUGCUCGAGUGUGACAAGUAUUUUUUGAGUGAGGGUGACCUGUGUUGGACUACUAAGACUAUCCAGUACCCACCCUUCCAAUAUGCCUUCAACUAAAGCUGCACAAUCUUCAUUUUAUGAUUGGCAUGUUCAGGAAACUGCUAGCAUCAGUUAGUUUGAAAUUUUGAAAGUAAUUUGGCCCUGAAACCACGCAAAAUCAUUGACAAUCAAUAUACUGAUCCCAAAGCUAUGCCCACCUGUUAAAAUGUACAAAUGCAAAUAUUUGACAGACUCACACACAAAAAAACAUAUUGUAACUUACACUACAACGACUACAACGCA